GAAAUAUUGGAGCAGAGCUGUCUUACAACAACGUGGGCAUGUUCAUAUCGUCUGAUGCUGGCAAUAGCUGGAGACAGAUUUUUGAAGAGGAGCACAACGUGUGGUUUCUGGACAAAGGAGGGGCCCUCGUUGCGGUCAAGCAGCCAUCUGUGCCUACCAAACACUUGUGGGUCAGCUUUGAUGAGGGGAGGCAGUGGACCCAACACAGUUUCUCCGCAGUGCCUCUGUUCGUGGAUGGAGUCUUGGUGGAGGCUGGGGCCGAAAACCAAAUAAUGACCUUUUUUGGACACUUCAGCCACCGUUCUGAAUGGCAGCUCAUCAAGAUAGACUACAAGUCCAUCUUCAGCAGGCAAUGUACAGAGGAAGACUAUCAAACCUGGCACCUGCACAAUGAGGGCGAGCCAUGCGUGAUGGGACAGAAACAGAUUUACAUGAAGCGCAGGCCUGGGAACUACUGCAUGCUGGGAAAGGACUACUCAAGAAUCCUCUCAGCAGAGUCCUGUAUUUGUCGCGCUCAUGAUUUUGAAUGUGAUUAUGGAUAUGAGCGCCGUGGAGACGGGAACUGCCGGCCUGCUUUCUGGUUCAACCCCUCCACCGUAUCCAGGAGCUGCAGCCAGGGUCAGAACUACUUCAACAGCACCGG